AUGGGGGCCGCUGAGUCCAAGGCCGUAGCCGCAUCGGGCGGAUCCACCGCUGACCUCGCCGCAACCACUCCCUCCGCCUUCGCUGGCAUCCAACUCGCCGCUGAAGCCAACAUCGCGCCUGAAGUGACGACCAUGGGCAACAACGCCUCCGUCCCCGCCGCGGAAUCUGACCAGAAUCCCGACGCCUCCCCGUCGGAUCUGCAGCUGGCCGCCGCCGUCGAACCCGCCGCCGCCGACGGCACUAACGACCUGCAGCAAUCCAUCCCGUCUGCCGACCCAGAGCCGCUGCCUGUGGAGCUGCCGUCGGCGAGCCGCCCGUCCACGGCAGCGGACCGGUCCAAGGGUAGGGAUACCAGGCCCGCCUUCCUGCGCCGCCUGACCAUUGCCCCUUCGGCCGUCUCGACGGCUGCUGCUCACCAUGAGAACGUGUCUGCCGACCCGGCGUCGUCGAGUCCAGCCGAGGGGCAGGCGAUUGGGGCCAAGGAACACUUGACCAAGUCGAAUGCCUCAAUCAUCCGUGUGUCUCCGCCCAUGAAGCCUGUGGAACUGGCAGCCACCGACGCAGACCACGAACACACUGCUGCUGCAUCCGUCACUCUCCCGCCUUCUCGUCCGUCGACUUCCUGCUCCGUGAGCAGCCUCAGCUCGGCCGGCGACGACUUCGUCCCCCACGCCCAGUGGGACUCGAUCAACCAUGCCAAUGGUGACGUCUCUCCCCUUGACAGGUCCCUGAACAACUCGCCUGUAGGCUCUUUCCGCGACCAGCAGAGCUUCCAAAGCAAUGUCGAAGAAGGCACUCGCACCUUCGAUGGCUUCUCGCAAGCCGGCGGCUCUAUAGCUUUGUCUGAAGGCGACGCAAGCUGGCGCCGGGAGAGCUGGCAGAACCGGGACAGUGAGCCCGGCUCGUGGCACGAAGAGAACCAAAGGAGGCGCAGCCUGGCCGCAGAGCAGCGCCUCGACAUGGCGCUCGAGAGCCUGCGCCGGAACAGCAUCCCGAACAGCGUUGCUACGGGCCAGACGUUCGGCUCCUUCGCCCACCCCUACGAGGACGAAGAUGAUCUUGAGAGCUUCGACGAUGGACGUUACGAGAUCAGGCCGGAGUACCUGCCUCUCCCUGACGAUGCUACCGACGGCACUGCCGAUGAUGAGCUUUCUAUGAGCAUGGCCACCGUCUCAGACAUCUUCGAUAAGCGCUACAGCACCGGCGUCACGAGUGAGAUGACCAACGACGUUGAGAACGAUAUGGACAAAUCGGCCGCUACUGCUCUGCACCAUCCUCCGGCGGGCGAGUCCGCGGCCGAUGAGCACGAUGAAGCACAGGACGUAGAGCAUACGGGCUCGGACACCGAGGUGGACAAGGCGACGACCGUGGGCAACAUCGACGACGUCGGUGUCCCUGAGGGAGAUGCUACCGUUUCCGACGAUAUCUCCGAGAUGCAUGUGACGGCCUCGAACGUCGCGCCUGGAGCCGUGGACGAUGCCGCCCCACUCGACGACGGCGUGGAACAAAACAGCGGGUCUGCCGCGCAGGUCCCCGAUAGCGAGACCCCGACCGCCGAGCAGAUCCUUGCCCUGAACGAAACGCCCGUUGAGUCAGUCGAGCAACUUGAUUCGGCAAUCGAGGCGGUGGAGGUGCCGACCGCGGAAACUAAAGAGGCGCAUCCGCAGCACGAGGAGGCGGACGCUGUUGUUGCUGGUCCCAUCGACACCAUGACCCCAGACAUCGCUGAGUCGAUCCCCACCGCCGAAAACGCCCAGGAUGCUACCACCGCCCUGGCACCCGCCGAUGACGGAGACGUCACUGCUGCGACCGAAGCAGAGGUGCAGCUGAGCAGCAUCAAGGAGCCGGAGCCUGCUGGUGUUGAAACACGCACCAGCAUUGCCGACUUCUCUAUCGCUGCCGCUGCCGCCGCCGCCGUUCCAGAGAAGGAAGAAAGCAGUGCAGGAUUGGAAGACCUCUCUUCGCAAACGAUUGUGCACAAGGUAAUUGACGAUGCGCCGCUCGUUGCCGAUCCUGAAGCAACGUCUGUCGAUGUUACCGCUUUCCCUGCCGCCGAGGCCUCCGCUGUCUCCGAGAAGGACGACGCCGAGGAACCCACCGAAUCUAUUGCUGACACUGCUGCUGAGAUCCGUUCUAAGCUUUACUCCCCUCACACCUCCUCCUCGCAGGCUGCUUCGUCUGUGGCCGCCGAGUCCAUCAGCCUCAAGGAUAUUCUUCACGAGGAUGUGACCAAGGAGAACAAGAAGGAUGACGGAGAGGGUGGAGCAGGGCCAAGCCAGGGACUCGACCUGCGGCACGUUAGCAACGCUGGCGACGAAGAUGGCUGGGCAAUCCCAGACCGUGAUGAAGAGCCGCAGGUCGCCGCCCCCGUUCGCUCGAGGAGGAAGAGCUUGCCUAUGCUUUUCAAGGACAUCAAGGACAGCAGGAAGGAGAAGAAGAGCCAGCUCCCCGUCAAGAAGGAGCCUAAGGAGGCCAAGAUUUCCCUCCCAUUGAAGAAGGACCACAAGCCGAUCAUCUCUACCGCUGCCGCGAGGGAGUCGCGUAUUCCGAGUGCUCCUCUCUCGGCGAGCAUGGCGGAGCCGGCCAGGACGCCGUUCAGCCCUAGCAAGAAGGCUCGCAACGUGCUCCACCGGACCCCGCCGGCUCUCAGGUUUGACCAGCCGAUGCCGUCGCCCACCAAGGAGAAAGAGAAGAAGAAGCGUACUUCCCUCCUUGGCGUCGUCUUCGGCCGCUCCAUGACUCCGACUCCCGAUCUGGACAAGGAGAGGGAGCGACAGCUUGAGAAGCUCAACAAGGAGAGGGCAAAAGAGCAGGAGAAGGCGAAGGAACCGAAGUCGAAGAAGGACAGCAAGAGCAAACUUGUGAUGCCCCAGCGCCGCUACAGCUUGGCAGGUCCACUGGGCGGGCACGAUCACCACGCUUCCUUCCACAUGCCUCGUCUUCCAACGCCCAAGCGUGUUCAGGAGAUCUCAAGCCUGUCUCGCCACGAGGGCCCGAGCCGGGCUCAGGAGCGGCCUCGUAGCGGCAGCCAGUCUCUAGACUCGCUAUCGCGCGAGGGCGGUUCAACCAGCCCCUCUGCCAUGGUUGCUCAGGUUGCGGCUGCUGUCGAUGCGAACCACCGUGAGCUUCAAUCCCACAUGCGUAGGCCGAGCAUCAUCCCCGAGCCUGAUGCGGAAUGGGACGAGUGGGAGCAGAAGGCACGCGAGCUGGAUGACAACCGCACCAAGGUCAACGGCUCUCCCGCCUCGCAGAUCAGCAUCCCAGCUGUUCUGCAUGGCCCUGGCACUCCUACUCAGGCCAAGCUCCACCCGCAGAGCUCCGAUAGCUACCCCUUCUACCAGUACGCGCCCCCGCCUCUGCCUCCCCACAUGCAGACUCCCCCGAGAUCUUUCUACUACGGGAACACUCCGCGCUCUGUCACCUUCAACGACCAGUCCCCGCAGUACCCCCCUUCGGGUUACCCAUCCCUCCAACGCCGGUAUUCUGAGCACUUCAGCUCGGCGUCUGCGCGGGGUCUGCCACCGUUCCCGCCGCGCCUGUACGGUCUCCGGGACAGCGAGUACUCUGGCGGUUAUCCUCCUGUGAGGCAGACCAGCCAGCCCCACCUGCGGCCCCAGAGCGGCCAAAGCGGCAGUGGGCCUUCAAGCCCGAAUCCUGCCGAUGUCGCGCCCUUCAUCAAGGACGAAGACAAGAUCGUGCCGCCGCCGCUCUCGGGCAGCCCUGUCGCAUCGAAUGUCGCUACCGUCGACAGCUUCGAGGCAACCGACCCGGCCUACGUGCCGCCGCCGGUCCCUCUUCCCGGCGAGUCGAUGGAGGAGUUCUUGGACAAGCAGCGUGCGUGGUACGAGCAGCACGCUCAGUCGGCAAACCGCCGCGACAGCGGCUACUCGCCGCAGUACAACAACCUCCCGCCGCAGGCCUUCUACCCUUACCCACCCCCGUGGUACUGGGCAGCAGCGGCGGCGCAAGGCUACCCUGCUCCUCCCAUGUCCCCCCACACGCCGAUGCAGGCGGGCUACCCGCCCUUCUACCCUCCGGCACCGGCACCGGCACCCGUGCACAACCACAACCACUCGUCUGAGGACUACUACCACCAAAUGCUGCGCGAGCAGCAUGCGCAGGAGCGUGCUGCCAGCAGUGACACCGACUCGCCGCGUGACAGGAGCCCGCUCCCCGCUGCGUACGGUGGAUACCCUCCGCACCCAGCUUACGGUCCUCCGCCUCGGUCCUUUACGUCGAUCCCCGCUCCGGCCGCCCCUGCCGCGUCAUACGGAUACCACCCCCGUCAGGAAAUGCGUUGGCGCGACUUGACGUCCGACGAUGGUGAGUCGCGUCACAGGGGAGGGCAGCAGAAUAAAACAUCGCACAAGCGGAUUGACUCGGGUUUUGGACAGGACGCUACUACUAUUACCCUCACUACCGAUGAGGACAACAACAAUGAAGCUGGCGACAAGAGCCGCACGAGCAGCUCUGGCAAGCACAAGGGCCCCAUGAUUGGCAGUCUCAACCCGAAUGGCACCGAAGGCAGCGGCCUUCUGGCCAGACGGGCGACGGUCAGUAAUGGCGGUCUCAGCCGGAGCGCUAGCAAGCUCGAGACGGUGAUGGAGCCGGUGGAGCUGGCGGACACGGACGUCGGCUGGAAGAGUAGGGCACGCCUGGGUAGCAGGGACUCGUCAACCCCGGAGAUGCACGCGGCGAGUUAUCCGGGCAUGGAGUGGAUGCCGGAUCCCGCGGCGGUGCAGCAAGGGUUCGACUGA